GACUUGGCAACGAGGUGUUGAAACGUACCAACAGCUGUGAAUUUAGCAGUGAAAAUUGACUAAAAUUAGUGGGUGUAGUGCAUAUUUAAUUUAAAAAGUGACAGAACUUAUAUCGGAAACAUGGCUCCUGUGGUGCAACUAGCGGAGGGAAAAAUUUCUGGAGGCACUAAAACAGAUCUUCAUGGAGAAAAGUUUCAUUCCUUUUUAUGUAUUCCAUACGGAAAAGCGCCCAUAGGCGAAUUAAGGUUUAAGGCACCUUUACCAGUUGAACCAUGGGAAGGAAUAAAAAAAGUUCUCACAGAAGAUAAACUUUCAUUCCAGAAGAAUCCUCUUCUGAACACAUACUUUGGACAGGAAGAUUGUUUGUCUCUUCAUGUGUUUACAAAGAAACUUCCCAGUGAAGAAACCAAAUUGAAGCCUGUGAUGGUCUUCAUUCAUGGAGGAGGUUUUAUAGCCGGAUCUCAUGACACUAAGACACACGGCCCAGAACAUCUUUUGACUGAAGACAUAGUUCUCGUCACUAUCACUUACCGACUGGGUCUAUUAGGUUUUCUUAGUUUAAAAGACGAAUCACUGGACGUUCCUGGAAAUGCAGGUCUAAAAGACCAAGUACUGGCUUUAAAGUGGAUCCAGAGAAAUAUAAGAAAUUUUAAUGGAGAUCCCAAUAACGUUACCAUAUUCGGAGAAAGUGCAGGAGCAGGUUCUGUUGAAUAUUUACUUUUAUCUCCUUCAGCGAAAGGAUUAUUUCAUAAAGCCAUAAUGCAGAGUGGGUCCACAUUGAAUCCGUGGGCUCUAGGAAAUUUCCCACUUUCCGAGUUUGCCCAGUUUCAUGGAAAAGCAAAUAUGACUGAAAAGGAACUUUUGAAAAGUUUGAGAGAUAUACCUGUUCAAGAGGUUUACGACCAACAAAAUAAUUUUGUGAAGUCAAAAAAACGAUUUUCAGACCUUUGUUUGAUAUCUCCAGUGAUAGAAAAACCCAACCCAACAGCAUUUUUAACAAAAAAACCUAUCGACAUCAUUAAAUCAGGGAAGUACAACGAUGUGCCUGUGAUAACUGGUUACAAUGAUGGUGAAGGUCUUUUUGCUGACAUCAUAGGGACACUUAAAAUGGUUGAUGCAGAAGUGAUAACGGAUACACCUCUCGAACAGAUGCUGCCAUACCAAAUGAAUUUUACAGAUACACAGCAAGUCAAGCGAUUAGUUGAGAAGUUAAGAAAUUUUUAUCGUCCAAAAGAUGAUCCUAUUGGCCGAAUUAAUCUCAUAACGGAUGCCCUCUUUGCUGCUGGAAUAAAAAUUUCUGCAAUAAGUCAAGCGAAGGUGUCAAAAAAUCCUGUAUAUUUUUAUAGAUUUAAUUUAAAUGGACGCCUUAACUUCAUGAAGAAAAUGGUUAAUGAUCAACGUCCAGGAGCAUGUCAUGCAGAUGAACUGGGAUACCUAUUUAAAACUCCAGUGGCGGCAGAUCUGAAGGACGAAGAUAAAUCUUCGAUAAGAAAAUUGGUGACGCUGUGGACCAACUUUGCCAAAUUCUCUAACCCAACUCCACCAGGAAAUAAUCUUAAUAUUGAGUGGAAGCCAAUACAGAAGGAUCAGUUAAAUUUCUUAGAUAUUGGAAAACAACUAAAGAUGGAUUUUAAUCCAGAUCCAGACAGGAUGAGCAUUUGGAACGAGAUUUAUCAGUGUAAUAAAUAAUAAAUUUAAUUUAAAAAAA